AUGGCUGCCGGAACUGUUGUGACGUUGGACAUGGGAAAGUUUUUCCUUGGGAGUGAGGAAGAACGAGCCCAGUUUGCCCGCGACUUAUUGCAAUGCUUUGCGUCCCAGGGGUUUGUCAAGCUGGUCAACCACGGCGUCCCUGAUCUUGCAAUCGACAAGGCAUUUGAAUGGAACCGAACCUUUUUUGAAUUGCCAGAGGACAUUAAGAAGAAGUAUCCUCAUCCACCCUGUGCCAACCCCAAUCGUGGAUGGGUAAGCCUCGGACAAGAGAAAAGCUCAGCGAUCAAAGACUUCGAGAAAGGAGUUUGCAAGGAGCACAAAGAGGUGUUUGAUGUCAAGGAGUCGUUUGAUAUCGGAAACCCUGAUGACCCAUUGUACGGCAACAUAUGGCCGGAUGAGAGUGAAGUCCCAGGCUUCCGCUCAUUCAUGGAAAUUUUCUAUGAGCUUCUUCACGUGGCUCAUUUGAACAUUUUGAAGGCUCUGGAGAUGGCCCUGAGCACGAAAGACCAGCCAUUCGAGGUGAUCAAGCAUUGCAUGCCCAAUGUCAGCGAGAUGCGGUUAAACUAUUAUCCCAAGGUAGAUAUCCGCGACCUGCGAUCAGGCCACAUGAGCCGGAUUUCCGAGCAUACGGACUUUGGGACCGUCACCUUGCUCUUCCAGGACUCCGUCGGAGGACUGGAAGUUGAGGACCAGUCGAACUUGGGCACCUAUUUCCCUGUGACGUGCGAGAACAAGCAUGUCAUGCUGGUCAAUAUCGGGGAUAGCCUGCAGCGGCUAACGAACGAUUACCUCACAUCGGUCAGUCAUCGCGUGACGCUGCCCAUCUCCGCGCGGGAGCGAGAGGAAGGACAGUUGAAGGAACGCAUGUCUGUCACGUACUUUGCCAAGGUGGCUCGCGAUAACUCCAUCUACCCGUUUGGGCAAUUUGUGACGGAGACCAAUCCGGCCAAGUAUCCCCAUAUGACGGCCUAUGAGUGGAACCAGAUCAAGUUGGAGAAGAUCUACGGAGCUUGCUAG